AUGCCCCUGCUUGAUCCGGACGCAGACCGGCACUACAAAUUCUUGGGUACCAUUGUUGGACGAGCUUUGCGGGCCGAGAUGCUGGUUGAUUUGACGUUUUGUAACUUUUUCCUCACCCAAAUCCUGGGCGGGCGCGUUUCGCUGAACGAACUGCGAGACCUGGACGCCGAGCUCUAUCAAAACCUGGUGCAGGUCAAGGACUAUGCUGGCGACGUAUCUGAGCUUGAUCUGACCUUUACAGUCGCGGGCUCCGAGGUGACAGGACACCGCCUUUACAAUCUUGUGCCAGACGGUGCAAACGUGGCCGUGACCAAUGAGAACCGCAUUCGCUAUGUCUACCACAUGGCCGAUUUUUAUCUGCGCCGGCGUACCCGCCAACAAAUUGUUGCAUUCCAACAGGGCUUGGAACAGGCGGUACCUGCUGCGCUGCUGCGUCUCUUUGCCCCAGCCGAGUUGCGUAAGCUGAUCCGAGGCGAGAAGCAAGUGAUUGAUGUGGAGGAGUUUCGACGCCACGUCGUGUACAACGGCUUCAGGGCUGAUGAUGUGCCCAUUCAACUCUUCUGGUCGGUGGUGCAUGAGAUGGACAACGAUGCACGUGAGCAGCUGCUGCGCUUCAUCACAAGUUGCCCACGCCCGCCCAUUCUGGGGUUCCAAGCCAUGCAUCCGCGAAUUGCCAUUGCCAACAGCCAGGAUCCCUCGCGUCUGCCGUCGGCUGCAACCUGCAUGAACCUACUCAAGCUUCCACCUUACACGUCACGCGAGAUUCUGAAGGAUCGGCUGUACAAAGCUAUUUACGAAACGGAGGGUUUUGGGCUGAGCUGA